CGUCUAGGCUUCUAUGCAUACGACUUCUCUGUGCGAGCAGGCGGCGGGACAGACAGACAGACAGACCGACAGACCGACAAGGCUAUCGAUCUCGCUCUCCUUUUGCACUGCGGCUGAAAUAGCUUGAGUUGGUCGUAUCUCUGCCUGUGUGUGUCUCGCCUUCCUUCUCUCUAUCUCUGUAUGGAUCGCUGUAUCAGCCGGCUGCCUUGUUUUUUCUCCCGUUGCUGGGUACCUUAGGACAUAGUGACUUGUCUAGCACAGCCUGCGACUGCCGACUAACCGCCGCUGCUCUGGCUACUGCUACAAUCACUAAAACAGCCUUAAGCAGCCGCCAUCGUUGUCGCUGCCGCGGCCGCCGUAGCAGCCAGUCGCAGCGUUGCUUGGCUGAUCUUAGUUACACGAUCAUCGCAGCUACCGCCACUCCGUUGUUGGUCGAGUGGCUGCCGCCACCGUCGCCGGCGCCAUCGCUAUAGAGUCGCUGCUGCCGUCGGCUGUUGGCGGUGUUAGGGGUCUGAUUAGUCCUGGUCGGUCUUCGCUGGUCGCUGCCGAGUGCUCCGUGGUGCUGGUACCGGGGCCCAUUAUUGUAUCUGGUGCAGAUUAGGUGGUGAUUGGUGUGAGCAAAUCUAGAGAAGUGCGUAGAAGAAAGACUAUCUGGCUGGUACGGAAUUCAGGGAAAUAGCACAGGAAAAAACUGGUAGGAAGCGGCCGCACAAAGGCCGAGCAACGACCGAAGGAACCGAAGGAUAUCUUCGUUUGUUAGAAUCUGCGUUUCUCAUUCGUAGUUCUCGUACGAGAGCCGAGAGCACGAGAAUUUGCCGACUGCCAUCGAUUCAGGCAAAGUGUCUUGAAAUAACUAUCCGUCAGGUAACGUCGGCUCGUGCAAAGACGACUGCAGCAGCCGCUCUUCGCUGUGCUCGAAUCACGGUGCCAGAAGGAAAAAGCUCAGUGUGUAGGUGUGGAGUGCUAACCGUCGAAUCGCCGCCGAUCGACGAAAUCGCGACGAAACCAGCCGUCGAAAAGUACGGAAUAUUCGCACUCGUAUAAUACUACUGCCCUCGUUGUCUGACCAUAAGCUACCCCUUUCUCCCCCAGCUGUAAGCAACGAGACUCCUGUGCUUGCUCUUAGUUAAUAGGCAUCCUACAGUAAGGGACGCGAGGCCUGCCGCCUGCACCCACCCAGUUACCUCUCUCUCAUAUUAAUCUAAUCCGUUCGUGGUAGUAGUGGUAUUAAUCCGAAUAGGGAUCGACGACACCACGAUACGCUUCGGAGUUGCCCCCGUCGACAACGGUUGCGUCUGCUACAGACGGCAGCUAUCGAGGAGGAGCUGUUCUGUAGAAGCAUACAGAACUACGACUACGACCAGUUGAAGGUGCCAGCGCUUGUUACAGUGAUCGUUAGCGCAAUCGAUAACCACAGGGUCCAGCACCGGAGCGCCGUCGGUCGUGCGAACAACGUUGUUACUACUGUAGGUGCAAGUGCAAACAAGAUGGCAUUCCGCAACGGAGGCGGCCAUUCCAGUAACGGAGGAGACUUCUCCGGGCCGCGUUCAGGUGGAGGAGGAAGCCUCCGACAGAACGGCUUCCAGGGAGGCAAUGCUGGAGGCUAUGGCGGGGGUGGACAUGCUGGUUAUCAGAAUGGGGGUGCGGGAGCAGGAUUCCGUCGUACUGGGGGCGCAGGUGCCGGUGGACCUCGCGCGGGAGGCGAUCGAGGUGGAGACCGUCGCGGAGGUGGAUUUGCAGGAGGUCGUGGCGGUGCCGGUGCUGGAGGACGUCCUGGAGGGGGUCCCAACAAAACCGUCGGGCCUGUGGGACCUCUAACGAAAAUCGACUGGAGCACCGAACAGCUCGCCAGCUUUGAAAAGAGUUUCUACCGUCCACACGCCACUUCUCAAGCGCGAACCCAGCAAGAAGUUGACGAACACCGCCGCGAGCUUAAGGUUACGAUCCGCGGCCGUGACGUGCCUAUUCCUUACACAACGUUCGAAGAGGCGAACUUGCCCGACUUCAUCAUUCGCCAUCUGCAUCAGGUUAAGUUUCAGAAACCGACGGCUAUUCAGGCUCAAGGCUGGCCAAUAGCAUUGUCCGGCCGUGAUAUGGUCGGUAUUGCGCAGACUGGCUCGGGAAAGACACUCGCGUACACCCUACCCGCACUUGUGCACAUCUGGGGCAACAACGGUCAUCGAGGUUAUCGUCCACCGGGCUCACCCAUGGUUCUUGUUCUUGCGCCAACGCGUGAACUCGCGCAACAAAUUCAACAGGUGGCAGCCGAAUUUGGCCGAGGUGCAGGAAUCAAGAGUGUGUGCAUCUUUGGCGGAGCCCCAAAGGGUGGCCAACUGCGUGAGAUGGAUCGUGGCUGUGAGAUAUGCAUUGCGACUCCUGGCCGUCUCAUCGACUUCCUUGAAAGUGGCAAACUUAGCCUCCGUCGACGCUGCUCCUAUCUAGUGCUCGAUGAGGCCGACCGUAUGCUCGAUAUGGGCUUCGAGCCGCAGAUCCGGAAGAUUAUCGGCCAAAUUCGACCGGACGCACAGACUCUUAUGUGGAGCGCUACGUGGCCAAAGGAGGUGAGAAUGCUUGCCGAAGAUUAUCUAAAGGAAUACGUUCAACUGAACAUCGGAGCGCUGUCUUUGUCCGCCAACCACAAGAUUACUCAAGUGGUCGAGGUCUGCACUGAGGCAGAAAAGGACGAGAAGUUAAUGGCCCUGCAGAGGAAGUUCUCGGAGGAAAAAGAUGCUAAAGUGUUGAUCUUUGCCGAGACCAAGAAGAAAGUUGACGACCUGUCGAUUCGACUCCGCCAGUGCGGUUUCCACGCGAUCAGUAUCCACGGAGACAAAAGCCAGCAAGAACGUGACUGGGUUCUCCAGGGCUUUCGCAGCGGCGACUGCCAGACUUUGGUGGCGACAGAUGUGGCUGCUCGAGGCCUGGACGUUGAUGAUAUCCGCUACGUAGUGAAUUAUGACUAUCCGCAUUCGUCUGAAGACUACAUUCACCGUAUAGGACGAACUGCUAGGUCGAACAAAACUGGUACAGCUUUCACUUUCUUCACAUCGGGUAAUGCUAAACAGGCUCGUGAUCUGAUUGGAGUGCUGAAGGAAGCGGGUCAAAUGGUCACUCCCGAGCUUUACCAGCUCGCGGGUAGCAAAGCGGGCCGCUUUGGAAGAGCUCAGCCUCCUCGUUAUCGCAAUCCGAAUCAGCCGUUCAGUCAGGCUUACGGAAACCGUGGCGGCUAUGGAAGCCGGAUUGGCGGUUAUGGGUCGAAUGGCGUAUCGUCGGCAGGGUACGGAAAUGAUGGCCGUCAGCGAAGCUUCCACGGAAGCAGUGCAGGCCACGCUGGCGGAUACGGAGGUGCCCCUGGAAGGGACUUCCAGAGACAGAACUCGAUGCCGCCGAGAGGCGGCACCAGUGGUUUCGGUGGAAGGGGUAAAGAUUCAUCAUCAUCUCACGAUAAUAACAGGGGCGGCGAUCGUAAACCUCGCGACGACGGCGGCGGUCGCGGAACCGACCGCGGAGAUCGGAGUGCCCGAACUGGUCGAGAUGACCGCGCUGGCGGCGCUGGCGAGAGGAACGAUCGCGGAGAUAACAGGCGCCAGCAGGCGGCAGCUGGAGGUGGCGGAGCCGAUCACCACCGUAGGCAAGACGGCAGCGGUGGCAUCAAUGGCAGCGCUGGAAGUGGCGGCGGUGGUGGAGGAGGAGGCAGCGGUGGGCAACGCAGGGAGCGCGGAGACAGGCCAGACCGAGCACAGCAUCAGCAGGGCGCUGGGCAGCAGGACAUCAACUCGACAGGACCUAACGGAGGACAACAUCCUAAUGCACGCAGGUACGACAGCAGUAAGCACUUCACGAUGGGUAACCCUACGCACAAUAGCCAUCACUACAGCCAGCACCAUCACCAGCCGCCGACGCACCGUGUGGGUGGAGCUGGCGCUGCCACAACCCCCGGCGGGAUCAUUGGUCAAAACAGCUUUGGGGGUGCCGUCGCUCAGAAUGGUUUCAGCGAAGCUGCUCAAAACGGUUUUGCGCCAACGAGUGCUAUCAGCAGCUUAAACGGCAUGACCCAUCAAGGUGCCGUGUCUGGACCUCAGCCAAGUUCUACACAGGCCGGGGGGCAAGGCUUAGUAACCUCGCAGAACGCCUCUCUGGGAGGUGGCGGCGGCCGUAUGACACAUUGGACCAAUGUACCGAGUGCGGUUGGGGCAGCGCCAGCCAGUUUGGGCGGCACCACGGUGGGCGGUUCUAGUGCGUUGAACGGUGGUUUGGGCGCUGGUCUCGGCGGUGGAAUUGGUGGCCGGACUAGUAACAGUUUCGUUGUUGGCUCGCCAUCACCGCAUUCGCCUCAGGGCCCUCACUAUGCAGCUUCGCCCCUCAGUCAUGCCAGUUUCCAAGCUGCUCAGAACUACGGUGGACCGACUGGUUCACCAGGACAAAUCUCAGCUCCGUUCGGCCACUACCCGGUUCCGCAGUACCAGAGCCCUCCCUACUACCAGGUCCCCGCCUAAAUCAAAUAAGCCAAUGAAAACCUAUUUCAAAGGUCGCCCAAAGCAGGGAGAGUAACAGAGAACAAUUUGAUUUUUACAUUCACUCACGUAAAACGAACAUCGUAGGUUUGCGUAAAUCGAAUCAUAAUGUGGUGGGAAGAUAAUUUUAAAAAUGCGCUAUUAAUUAUAGAUAUCGUUUAACUCUUGGUCUAUGAUUAUCUCGACGGAUGCUAUAUUACUAGUUCUUUAGGAGAGAGUGCGGCACUAUUCAUCAUAUCGUAAUUUAUUUCUGCCUAAGCUUUAGUUAUUAUCUGGCUGGCGAAAAAGCUGGUCAAAAUAGGAUCUACCUCCAUGCCUGAGCGUUUCGAUUAGCUGUCGUAGUGAUGUCGGCAGUAAGUAGUAACUUUGAUUUUAUUAGUUCGUUUCAUAAAAAGUCGCUACUCAGCCGGAAAAUUGGUUCCUUGGCCCAGCCCGUAAUUCCCUAAAAGCGCAACAAUUAGUCGAACGUUAACCCACUGAUCUACUGUGUUCGACGCUUCCGUAUUGCGGAUGUGCCGCUCUGCUUUUGGAAAAACACUUGAUGUCUCUUUCUGUUUCAUACUUGCGGCUCUCAGCUCUAUUUAUUUUGUUCCAACGUGUAUACAAAGAUAGAGUAUAUGGCAAAAGGGGUAAAAGUCUCCCCCUGAUUUAAUUGUCCGAUACGACACAGAAUAUUAUUCGCUUGUUAAUAAGCAUCGCCGCUUGUGGGUGCUAGCAAAUUAUUUGCUAUCAACAAUUUCUGUUGAGUAAUUCCACUUACCUAUAGCGCACGAUAAACAAACAAAAGGCAAGUCCCAAAGAGUUCCCUCAAUGUCACUGUGACACGAAUUUCUUAUCCGACUGGAAAAAACAAAUGGUGAGAACAAUGGCAAUUUCCGAAGGCCGUGGUUCAUUGGCUUAUAUACAGAAGAAUAUUGAGGUUACGAUGAAACACAUGAGUCUUUGGUAGAGGAGGAGACAGAGGCAAUACGGAGGGGGCCGAAGGAGGCUGUGGGGUCUGGGCAGACGGACGAAGCUGUGGUGCAUAACUCGACCGAAGCAAAACAUCGUGGGUAAUUAGUAGCAAGGAGACCAGCAGAAGAGAUGAUGACCAGGGCUACAAAGAACAGCAUCGGUGGUAGCCGUGGAACUCAGCGAAAACUCGAGCAUUCACUUCUUCAACCAGCUUUUCCAAAAGUAUAAUUAAAGGGACUGAAACGAGAAUGCGAAGGUAACGAGAUGACAAGUAGAUGGAAUGGGAAGUACUUGAUACACCGUAUCGAUGUGUAAAUGAAAGUGUCGGAUAGGAGCGCGCCAGCAUCACUCUGAAGAAGCAAGCUAUAGGACUUCAACAUUAAAGUUCCAGCGAAAACUAAUCGAAGACCAGGACAGCAAAAAUAACGCUUCUCACUGAAGAAAAGAGCAGAACGAAAGAACCAAUGAUACAGAAGAAUCUUCAACUACGAUAGUUUUAUGAAAGAACCUCAGCGUAACACAGGCUUAUUGCAAGCCCAUGUAGAUAGUGCCGACGUAAUAAUGAAGUUGAUGGGAGUGGAACGGGUGACCUUAAAUUUAUUUGAAGAAAAGGUCCAGCGACGUGAGAGAACAAUGUAAGAAAGAGCAAAGAACGUUUAAAAAAUUAACUGAACACACUUGUGAAUUACGUGAGGCUUUCAAAGCAAACACGUAGGUUAAGAUAAAACGGUAACAUUUAUAAAGUAAAGGAAUUAAUAAUGACGAAGGCUGAUCAGAAGACAGAAAUAGCUGAAAUAGGCCUGACCACGUGAAUGAAUGUUGGGCCUUGCUUUGGACAGACCUGGUCGAGCUGUACCGUUUCUCAGCACGAACACAACUGAGGACUGCGUACUUACAAUAGCCACAUACGACGUUAGUUUUCUAUGAGAACAUUACUUGAGUGUGAGAGGAUCGUGCUGUGCCCGAACUAAAGAGAGUACUAAUACUGAUAAUAAGAAUAAUAGUAAGAUGGAAGAACAAUGAAGAUGGUAAAAACAGUGAGGCGUUUUGAGGAGUAAGAUGAUAUCUUUAAGAUCCUAUACACUUAUGUUUUAGAUACACUUACGAACGCCCGAGAGCACUUUAAAUAGGGAGGGAAGCGUUAACAAGAUUACAGGCUGGGAUGUGUCGUAACAUUCAUACUAGGCGCUUCCUUCCUUUAACAGCGAUUUAGGCUUAAGGAAGACGUUGACUCGUGCUUCUGCGGGUCAAACAGACUAUUAAAUUUCGACGCUUUGAUAACGAGAAGUAAUGGGCGUCCUCUUGCUAAAUGUUUUUUUUUUCUGUGGGGCGAACACUUUUGCGAUCUCUGGCCUUUAUCUACGAGCGGGGUGAUUCGACUGAAAAAGGAGUGCCGGGCCAUGUUAUGACAGCGACAAGGCACCCGUUACAAUGUAUCAAAGACCAGUGUCCAAAUGUGCGUUUACACGAUUUUUGUUGUUUUCUCAAAUAUAUUGUCCAUGUAAAACGAACACUGCGAAGGAGAAAGCCGGAGAUGUAGCAGUAUCUAUACGAAACAUUCACUAUAACAAGUGCUUGAUAAUACUAAUCAUAAGUUUAAUGCAAUGAUCAGUUGUAGGCGGCAGCGAUAUGAAGUAGGUCUGAGGCGGUGCUAUACGAAGCAGCCGAGAACAAAAUCGGACCAACCUUGGCCUACAAUAGGAGACUGAGUAGAGCUUCACAGAUAAAUGGAAAUGAGCUCAUUAAGAUACUAUUUGGUUUCCUCUUUGAGAGUGUACGACGAGUUGUAUCCUGGGGGACUCUGUCUCUAUUCAGAAAAAUCCAACGUAAUAUCCAUCAAUAGAAGACCAAUGAGAACAUUAAACAUGAUUUAAAUUUAAAAUGAAUUUAUUUCCGAAAGCAUUCGUGACGAAUUGACGUGAGCAGCAGUACAAUGAUGCUCGUUAGACUUGGUACAACAAUUGGCUAGCAAGCCCAUCCCAUAACCAUGUAAGCUAUUCUAUAUCGACACACAAUGAAUAUUAUACUAUUUCUAUAAUCGCAAUUCUAUACGGAAUAACACAAAUCUCAUUUUACUAGCGUAUUACACGGUUAGAGAGUGUAAGCGUAUGUCAUUGUUGGGGGAAUAACUGUUGCGAUGUACAAGCCUAGAGAAGGGGUAAACUGACAGGGAAGAGGUAGGACAUGUGUGAUACAUGCACGCGUACACACAUGCAUAUAGUUAAUGGGACAAAAAAAAUGCACAAACAGAUAUUGAAGACGAACUCAACACAGCUACUAUGUAUGGACCUAAUCAACACUCUAUUUGACAUUGAAGAGUUGUUGUAUGGGAAGAAAAGGAAUGACUAAAAGCGUUGGAGACGAACCGAGUGACACGAGCGCGUCCAUCCAACAUUAACGGGUAGAAGAGACGACAAAAACAGGUCGUUGUAGGUCGUCGUUAAUAGGAGUUGCUGGCGACGAUUAUCGCGUGCAAGCGGAAAACAGAUACGCUAACACAGGUCUGUGACAGGACCGAAUUAGAGAUUGAUAACUUUUUCUCAACCUAAUACGAAGGGAUGAGCCUAGAACAUUGAUUUGUAACGACAACACGAAAGGUAGUGAAUCCUCGCUGCUUCACUUUACUCAGAUCGGUUUCACGGUGACAAUGACGGCAACUGGGUUGUAUGGGUAAGCUAGUUUUCUGAUCAACAUACUAGAAGCAUACGACGGUGAGGGCUUCAUGCUUAAUGACUGUCCCAUACCCAGUGGUUCUUGGAGGGGUCUCAAAGCAUACUUUUGUCACGAAAACCUCUGUGAAAGUCAAUGGUUGCUAUAGCAACGUGCCUUUUAUUAAGGCUGUCAGAUAUAUCAAAAUCGUGUUUCUAAUUUUUUGUACAGCUUACCCGUGCAACGUUAAAAAUGUUUGGUCCAAAUAACCAAUCCUGGUUGCCGAUUAUUAACAACAUGCGUGUUAGGCUACACACGACAAACAAAACGUUGUUGAUCUCGCUACGUACCUCUCAUGAGAAAGCCGGAAGCCCCUCCCCCCUACAUGGUAAUGGCGACAGAAACGCGCUUGUUCGGGAUGGGGAUAUUGUUCCGGCAGUUCAGGGGAGUCUGAGAUAUGAGAUACACAAAACGAUAUAGGGGAGAUAAUAGAUAUAAACAAAAGCUAGUGACGAUGAUGAUGACGAUACACGCUACACCAUUGAGGAACCAACUACUACUACGAUUAUGACUUAUAGAUCUAUCAACUAAUUGGGAAGAUAUUAGAGGGGAAUAGUAACUGGUAAAGAAAAUCGGUGCGAAGAGCUGGGUGAGUCGCUAGAGAGACGGCUAGUGUAGAUAAUAAUCAUAAUUAAAAAUAGUAAUUAUAGCAGAAGAGAGUGACACGAUGCCGCUGGCACUCUUUAACACGAUUACCACUGACAGUGUGACAUUUUUUUCGGCAAUUUCGCGUUUGCUGCUACCGAACUUGUCGCUGACUUUCUAAAUGAGGAUAAUUUGUGAUACGGGAAAAACAUGAUAAGAACCGACAACCCGGCUUGUAAGCUGAAUAUAAACACUAAUAUAUAAUUAAUAUAUACUAGUUACGUUUGACAGAAAAGACACGAAACUAGAAAGUCAACGAUAUGCGCGCAAAACGUUGUGUGUUUAAGAUAUCUGUAGUUUUGGGGGUAAAGGAAUUGUUUUUAACUACUUCUAUUAAUGAUGAAAGUGUGUCAUAUAUGAUGCAUGAAAUGCAGAGACACGUGAUAGGACAGGUAGGACAAAGUAGGUACGUGCGAGGACUGGGUGACGGGUUAUAACGAAGAUGAUGACCAUGAUGAUAGUUACAAUGGUUGAACAGAACAAAAUCGAUAGCCAGACAGAUAAAAAACGGAAUGUUGCGGCGCACAUCGAGGUAACGAUGGAGCGGCACCAGCGACUUUGUAUCGAUUUACGAUGACAUCCUUCAGAUAAGACUAUGGAUGUUAUUUCUGCUAAUACGAACCGCUUUAAGGUGAAGCGCGCUUUGAAUCCGCAGCUCAAUCAGCUGCUUCGUGUCGCACUAACCUGAGCAAAGCUGAUGCAACCAACCUAAAUCCUUUGGAUAAUUCAAUAAUAGUAAUCAUAGAUACAGCUAUAGAAAGGGAGUGCUACUAAUGCUUGGGUUGGGGCUGGGGGGCAUGGUUGCAUCAUUCUGGGCCUUUAAUGACCACACGUUGUUAACGAAGUCGCUCGUGCUUCAGGUUCAAGUUUAAACGUUGACCAGCAAAAACCAUUCUAGUUCCCUUCUAUUAACAAAUUAAUUCCCUAUUGACCACAAUCGCAAAUCCACUUGACAGCCGCCGACAAAAAGCACCAUUAGUCCUGUGAGAAAGGUCAUUCCUGUUUUAUCUCCCGCUUAGUAUUUUGUAUAUUCGAUUUUUCGAUCGGAGGCCGUCCGAUCCGACAGCGGAAUAGAGCGAUUGCGUCGAACCAAUUAGCGUCGUCCCCGAGCUGGUCUGGAUGCUGGUUUUGGAUGGUGUCCAUAUUGUGGCUUGUAGCAUACGCGCACAAUGGCACAUCAAAUGUCAUGUCAAUGGUUUAAAUCGAAAAUGUCAGUGGAAAUGAGUGUCAUUUUGUUGUGUCAUAUAGUUGAUCGUUGAUUUACAAUAUAAAGGUACGGACGAGACUGGUGAUGACGGAUUACAGAAGACCGACACAACUACUAUUACAACUUUUACGGCUACCGUCGUUAGGUGAUAAUUAGAUAAGUGUGACAAAUAUAGACGUUCUCAAGCACGAAACACCCGCAUAGAAAUAGAAAGGGGCUAAAGUAGUUGCGUUUACAAUUUAAAGAGACGUGCACGGUUUCCGAGUAACGUUUUUUGCGUCAAUUCUUCCGUUCGUUAACUCUUCUGCCUCUACCGAGCCGAAUAUAAAAGCAACACCCACGCAUCAGUGAGAUACGAUGAAUCCAUGAUUAUUCUAAUGAUAUAGAACGAAACGUAAAAUAUAUCACAUUAUCGAUGGUCGCGAUGAUGAACCCACUCUGAUUAUCAAAGAGAAAACAAUGUCUAGCAGACUUAUGAUAAGAAUAUUGCCGAAACGCAAAUAUCAAAGCAGAGAGAAAAAGGAAGCUUUAUUACAACUUCGGACGAAAUGAUUGCGUUUAUCAUAUUUAUGUGUAACGCCCGACUGAAUGAUACAAGGAGUGAUGAAGAGCAAACCGACAAAUACGAAUUAUGAAUUAAAGAAGAUCACAAUAAUAUUCAUAUAUGAUUAUAAGGAAACAAUAAUGGCAAACAAAGAGAUGUAUCUAUAUACACAUUUAAUACAUUUAUAUAUAAAUAUAUAUACAUGUACACCGAUUGCAGCUGCUGUACCUUGCCUUGAGAUCUCAUUUGAGUCCGGAUGACAGAAUCAGGCAUGAUCAUACGCUAGUACUACUUCUAUUGCUACUAAAGAUAAGCGGCGACUUCAAUAAGUAAGUUCACAGACUGUUCUGUGCGUUGAGCGUUCGCCCAGAUUUAUGCCGGCUGUCCCGGACUGGAUUAGACACGGACUAAGUUUGAGUGAUGGUGGUCAAUCAGCGAUCAUGGUCAAUCGUUCAUUCAUUCAUUCAUUGACAUUGAUAGCAACAACAACAACAACAACAACAACAACAGAAGCAGUAAAAGAGCACGAAUAGGAUAACAAUGAGGUCAACCGACGGCAGAGAACAACGCGUAAACAAUUUGAUAGAUAAGCAAAGAAAAUCACGACGGCGAAACAGGCGACAACGUCAAGAUUUACUUGGGAUGGUGUCAGCAACAAGACUGGAGUUGAUGAUGGGGUACUUACAAAGAUAUGGUUUGAUUAAAUUUUUUUGAUCUACUGAAAAAAAAACCUGAGAGGCAAGGGUACCUCUUCUGCCUAUUAUCUUAUCACUUCGUCCAAUGCUGAAUUAAGCAUCAAGCAAGAUUUACUUCAUGAGCUGGCUAUGCUGAUGAAAGAUGACGACGAGGUAUGCCAGGUAAGCCACUUUUGCUGACGAGAAAGCUUAGAGUCUAAGAAGGGCCGUUUUUGAUUCGUACGACGACUGCAGGGACGAGUACUAAUGUCGAAGCUGUUUAUCAGGCUGCCGCUACUGCUGUCAAUAUUGAUGAGCUGGAAAAGAGGAAUUACACCUCCGGGCUUCUUUUGCGAGUUAGUCGCGAGUCAAUUGGUAAUAAUUUGCAAUGGCAAAUCAAAAGAUAACAGAGAAUGCGCUCAAUAGUACUACGACGCGGAAAUUUGUAGUCCCAGACGCUGAAUGAUGUAAGAGACCCUAUAGCUACGUAGCGGUGGUAUCAUCAAUCGAGUCGGUGGUAGGGAGGCAUACGGGGGAUCCAGGUAGACGUUAGCUGAGGCGAAAGAUGGAGGUCAGAGGUUGGGGGAAAGCAGAAACGUAAAGGAAAAAAUAAAGUGGAAGAAUAAUAAAAUGAAGAUACGGAUGAUGGUGAUGAAAUGCGAGUGAGUGAAUGGCCGAAUGGUGAGUGAUGAUCGUAUGCAUCGCUGGCGGUGUCGGGUUCGGUUGCCGGGCGGGGCGUCAUUUCUUUGCUGCACUGAACUACGGAUGCUGUUAUAUCACUAACAGGAUCAGUUGGAAAAGUGGGAUCAGUCAGUCAGCAGCGACCUCAAAAAUGGUAACAACAACAAGGGAACAUCAUUGAAAGAAAGAGGAACGGGCAGGUUCAGGUAUAAGCAGCCGCAGGAUAUAGCCGCUGCUGUAUGAUGAACGGCAACAGCGACCAUAAACGAAAUAGCCUGAACUUAUGACUGACUAAGUGUCAAUCGGUUCCGAGAAGGUCGAUUCGUGUAAAGAUGAUGCAAGACUAAGUGACGACGAAGGCCAGACUGGCUAUUCUAUAUCCUCGAUGACAGUAAGUGAUCGUAUGUAAACCAUGUGUCCAUUCAUUUCGCGGCACUGCGUAGCGUCACGGCUGGGCUAAGAGUUGGCUGCUUUUUGCCAAAGAAGACUUGCACGUUGGAUGUUACUCUCUUUCUCGGAACCAUGCCCGAGCAUCACAGGGCGGGCACCCUGUUCUUAUUACGUGCACACAUACUUUAACGUGUCCAAGCCAGCGUGUCGGGUCGUGUCGUUUUGGGUAUGCGUAUGUCAUCCAUCGUUUGCUAUACAAGAAACAAAGGAAGCAAUGUUUUCUUACCUGGAACGCCCGUCGUGGUCGCACUCUUCUGCCCCCUGAAGGGCGUGAACGCAAAGCAAUCCCUCAUUUAUAACAACAAUAGCACGUGCGCACACCAAUAGUUCCCACACGUUUUGACGUAGGGUUUUCACAUAAACGAACUCCCAUUCUGAUCGCAAGGAGGGGGCGCGACGCCCUGAACUGUCCGAGCUGCACUGUCUGGCCACCAGGUGGCGCCUGUAUCGAUGCUCAACCCAACUCAACUCAAGCGAACAUCAAGAACCAAAAAUCCAGAACAAGAACCAGAUAGCAGUUAACAACAAGAACUACAACUAAUGAAGUACGAGCAAACAACGGAACUAUAUAUAUAUAUGUAUAACUAACAUGGGUGGUGUUUUUGACUUUUGCACAAGACUUUUUAUAACGGAUGUGAAUCACAGUAAUCUCUACAUAUAUACAUUAAAAUAUAUCUUGUCCCUUUUGUACCAGCUGAUAGCCGUUUCAAGUCUCUUUCUUGUAGGCUUGCAACUGAGAAUGGCUUGCCGAAGGUCGGCGAAAACUUGGCGUCACGGAACUGACUUCUCGUGGAUCGAUCCGGAGAAGCUCAACAGACGCGACUGCUUUUCUGGACACGAUGAAAAGAAAACAUAGCCUUAUGUCUACGGAAUCAGUUGCGGUUUCGUGAUGGAUAAGACUUCAUCGAUGACAUCGAACUUGAUGCGUAGUGUGAACUUUCGACACCAGAGGGAAACAGAGGGCUUUCAUAGAACAGAUGCACAUUCCUUCCGAAACAUAACGAGAUCUUCUCGAAACUAGCUGAGGAGGUUAUCGCUGUCAGAUGAAGAAUCUCUUUGAAGUGACACUCUUGACUAAAUUGCAACCAUAUCUUAAGGAGGAAUCAUCUACCACCUUCGCAGCCGAGACGUCACUUGCCGGCUAUUGAGGUUGAGUACGACCGGCGACCUUUUACGGUCUAGAGAGGCACGAAGUUGUCAUACGAUACAAUACAACGAUACCAAACGUCACCCAAUGUGCCUAUCAGCUGUUUUCCCCCGAAAGUCUCUUCUUCUGAUCACGUGUCUAUUAGGAAACGCCUGGAGCUGAGUUGACCCUUCGGGGACGACGGAAGCCUGUGCCGAAGGUUCGUGGCCUCGUCCAAAAAGCGGAGGGACUGUUUUUCUUGGCUGCCAUUACGCGAAUGGCCACAAGUUCCGUCAUUGUAUAUCCUAUCUUGUUCUGUUAUGAGUUUUUUUUUUUUUUUUUUAUAACUUUCCUUAACUUGAAGAAGUUUGGCUCACCAAGCGGCGUUAAAAGUCUUGCCCUAUUUGCCCCCUGUCGAGGAUUUCAUAAGGUUAUAUAUUGGUGGUAAUAAAUUUAAAUUACUACUUCGGAAACCGGUGUAGCUUGUUGGCUGUGAUAGUGACGAAAAAAAAACGACAAGAGCGCUUAUAUAAACAGAGCUGUGAAGAAUGAGUGAUGAAUCUGCUUAGAUUCGGUCAUAGAAUGAAGACGGUGUUAGAAACAUCCAGAACUAGAAUAGCUUUGACGACUGAAUCGGAAAAUCCUAACAAAUUACCUAUAUAACCUAUUAAUGAAGAGUCGUAGAUUUACAUAUAUACGUAGCAAAUAGGGGUUUAAAUUUGACGUGGUCCAGUGAGGGGGAUGGUAAACUAAAAAAACGAGCUUGAGCAGAAAGAUGUUAAACAAGGGUCGUGUCACGAACAGUCACGACAAGGGGCCAUUCCUAGGUCUUUUUUGCAAUAUAAAGGAAUACUACAGCAGAGAACAAAAGAUGGGUUUUUCGGACACGUAAGCUGAGCCGCCUCUAUAAAGCCGUUGUUUUGUCAGGUGCCGCUAAUCAUUUUUGCUGUCUCACGGCAUUGUGAGCUCGUUAUUUUGUAAUAAUAACAGUAGUGAUAAUUAUUUCAUCAUGAAAGUGAUGCGAUACCCCAUUACGACGCCAAGUUUAUAGACCAUGUUUUGCGUUGUCUGCCGUGUAAAAAAAACCAUCGAAAACAUGAAACACGACGAAGCAUACAAAAUGUUAUGUUGAGCGCUAUUUUUUUUAGUAUUGUAUUCAAAAUCAAUAUUUUCUUUCACAAGAUAUUAUUUGUAUACACCGACAUACUUAUAUAAAAUCAAACUUUAAGAAGGAAAACAUAGAAUGAGAUGACAACCGACUUUUCUCUGAUAUGAGAGACACAGAGAAAUAUAUAUAUAUAUAGUUCGUGUGUAAAGAGCCAAAAAAACGCCGUGUAUACAAACAAAAUGAGACAAAUGAUGCAAAGGUUAGCAAGCUGUGAUAUAUUUCCUCAAUAAUAACAAUAAGUGUAACUAAAUAUUAAAUGUACUAUUAUAAUAGAAAUAAUAAUAAGUACUAUAUCUGCAUCUCGAAUGCCUAACAUCCGAAUGAACCUAAUUUACCUAAUUGUGUGGCCGAACCGAAACGAAAACCGCAAACAGAAUGGGAAAAGUAUCUUCUAUUUAUCGAACGGAGUGUGUCGGUCUACCGACAACGAACCGACUUGCUGUCUACGUAGUUCAAGGUUAGGAACGAGGUUAAGGUUGAAAGGAUCAAGGGUGAAGUUAGGAUAAAAGAAUAUUCCCUUAUUAAAGAACAAACGUACUAAUAUAAAGCUGUAAUCAUCAUCAACGCCGUCAAUACGAAAAAAAUAUCUAAUCCACAUAAAAAAAACUCACACGAAUAGAGAACACGCAUUGAGUACUGAGUGUGAGGAAGAAUGAUCUUUGGACGUGUGCGUGUUGCCAUGAAAUCCAAGAAAACGGUUGCAGUUAUCUGUAGUGAGUCGCGAGAGGUUAAGUGAGUCUGAUCAUAAGAACAGGAAUAGCGCCUAAGUUCGUAAUGCGCUGAGCUUUUCGAUGGCGCAAUCACGAGAACCAUUAACGGUUCACUUUUUGAUAAACUGGUGGGAAAGAUAGCUCCGAAAAUGAUUUAGUUGAUAAUCGAAUCCUGGUUACGUCAGAAAACUGAGCGAGAUUGCUUCGAAGACACCGACUAGCUAAGAUAGGAAUAUGUUAGUAGCCAUUUAGGCGACGGGACUGAAUUCUGUUUUGAUUUUACACGAUUACCACUCAACUAUCACGGCAGACUUGACCGCGUUAUCAACAAUCACGACGGCAAAUGUCGUACUUGGGAAAAGUAAGCUUAGAAUUGAAACGAAACUGAAUCUGAUCAUGCGAAGAGCUCGAGUCUGACCAUACUGGUUCCGACGACCGAAAAUUAAGUCUAUAAUAAUCUAGAAAAAGGACGCCAAGACGAUAUUUAAUAACAAUAAUGAUUUCAACCCAAGAUGACACACAGGAAGGGCACGGUAAGAGGUCCGCAAAGUAACGGAUCUACAUCGUAUAUACAAUAAUCGGACAACAACAAUGACAACUCUAUUUGCGCCUCUACAGUGGCAGAAAUCUGCGCAUGUGUGUGAAUGUCUGUGAACGAUGAUGUCUGGUUGGCGACAUUAUCAGUCGUGGGUGGUAACCGAGUUUUUUGCUGCCUGCAGCCAGUGAAUUCGUGUAAAGAUGCAUAAUGGUACACUCGUAGGUAGAUAGCAAUAUAUCGUCAGUAUGUAUAUAUAUAUUUCUGGAAUUGAAUUUGUUCUGCUGCGUAGACCUUCUCAUGCGAGUCGAGCGUAUAUACAUACAUAUUAUAUAUACAAUAAUACAGUAAACAAAAGUAAAACUGAUGAAAAUGGUCUCCCCCGAAGCGAGAGGGCUAUACAUGCGUCUCUCUUUGACGCCGUGCUAUCGCUAUGAGUAUCGUCGGAGAGAACAUGGUGAGAUGACAACAACGACAACAACCACAGCAACAACAACAACAACAACAAUAACAAGAACCACAAAUUGAACAACAAAUGAGUAGCAACAACAUCAACAACUUUAAUAACAAAAAACAACAAUUAUUGUAACAUCAACAAAGCAACAGUUAAAAAUGACGACAGCGUCGAUCAAUCGACGACAACAACAACAACAACAACAACAACAACAACGAUAAUGACAACAACAAAAAAAUAACAGAAAAAUAAAGUGAGCGAGAAAAAGAUACAAUAUCAUUAUUGAUAGUAAGUGCUUGUUGCAUAAACAAUAAAGUAUAACACAGCCACAAGUGUAUUAUCACUAAUAUCAUAAAAAUAGCACCCAAUUCUACUCUAGUAACAAGUAUCUUGAGGUCAGUUAUUUUUUGUUUUUAAUAUUGGUUUGUGAUGUGUAAUAACAUGCACCCACAGGUGAAAUAAUAUCAUGCAACUGGAAUACAAAUACGCAAAUGUUUCUAAGUAGAAUGGAAGAAGUCGCCGAGAGAAGACACUGGGUUUGCAACAAUUUUGUUCCCUACACACAAUCAAACGAAGCUAAUAGAGCAAGCGUUUGUUUACCCUUGAACACAUGCUGCUCGAAAUCAAUUGGGCCGGAAUUGCUAUUCCUUUUUUGUAAGCAGCAUCUGCCCAAAAGUUCUUCUUUUUGUGGAAGCUCAAAUUUUCAGAAAUCCAGUUUUAAUUCUUUCCAAUUUUUUGUGCAGUGUAGUGCUAAUUUGCGGUUCUUCCGCGGCUUGUACAGUAUCUCACUGCACUUCUUAUGUAUCGAUUUUUUCCCUACGAAAAAUGGGGACUACCUAACGUCACCCCUUACAAGUCACGCCCCUUAGGAUAUGACCACACAUAAUACAUUUAGUUCUAGAUGAAAUUACAACAUUUUUGGUGAUGGACCAGUGGACCAGCGGUUUUCCGACCUAUUUUCUCAUCGUAAAGGUCCUCUCGUUGGAGAAGAAUCCAGGACGACCGAAUGAUUUGUGCUUAACCAAAAUUAGAGCCUUAGAGAGAGUAGUGCGGCGAAAGCGUCUUUUCACCUUCGCGUUUUCAGAAAAUGCUUCUUUGACUUUUCUAGUGAACUUUUGAGGCGUGUUCUUGCUGUUAACCUUCCGCACUGGCAUAUGGGAGUCAUUCCUGGGCUCUUCGAAAGCCGCAUUUAAGUGGCAAGAGCACAAAUCAUCGGUUUCAUGAAACCAGACAAGUAGGAAGUCGCAUGAACGCUGCUUCCGGUGUGAACACAUUUGACAGUAGCCGAUCUUCGGUCAUAUUCUGAAAGCGAACCCUCUGCCUAUAGCACAAUGAGUUUAUAAUUUUUAUUCUAUAACGAUCUAGCUUUCUUCCUGUACCAAUAUAACGGAUAAUUAUAUUCCUACUACCACUAUAUACAGUCCAUAAAAAUUUGUCUUAAUUUAUACCGAAUGUCGUAUAUAUACAUAGCAAAGGAAGCAGGUAGAUAGCAGCUGAGGGGGGAAGUUGACAGAGAAUGGAAACGAGCAUCAACAAUACACAAAUCUUGCGCAUACAAGCAAAACAUUCGAAUAUCACCUUAGAGAGUAAUAGGAUAUUAAAAAGAAAAGAAAAAAUGAAAUAUGGAUGACAAUUGAUAACAAAAUGGACCUAGAAUUAGCGCACAGUCGGCUGAGAUUGCGAACGGCUACAAAAUGAGAGAAAGAAAUUAUUUUGUAUCGGAAUCUUGCGAGUAUUGUUGUACCAGGACAAUUUUCUAUAAAUUAAUAAAGACGCAAGUAAAUGUAUAAUUACGUAUGCGCGUACUGUGGAUUAGGUAUGAACCAACUUGUUGAUGACCCUCUUGGAGGUUAGGGCUACUUCAGGCCCCGCAAAGCAAGUUCGCAAUUGAAACAGAGACAUUAAGAAGGAGCUGAGGAAGUGAUUAGAAACGAUAAUACAAACACGAAUUAUGGAUGUAUUAAGCAAUGGGUGGAUAGUCAAUGAAAAGAAUUAGGAAGAUCUGCGACGUAUUGGUCAAACCCGCCAAGCAGAUGGCGUGUUACUCGACCUCUUCCGGGACUAAGAUGUCAACACUAAAUUAUCUGUUAUUGGAAGUAGAUGAAUAGAGAGCAAAAUGGCGAUCGUUACGCUUAAAACUAGACUUUAUUGGGCAGCGAGCUUUUUUCAUAAUCAUUGAGAUUGGCAAUUCAUUAUCCAUCUUGUCAUACUACUGUAUAUUGUCGAUAGUGAGUCAGCAGUUGAUACGUGCUCGAGCACAUUUAAUCCAGUGUGUUAGGAUGGUAAAAUUAAAAAAAAAAAAGAAAAAAAAA